ACCUGAGCAGGUUGAGCGGAGAGAAGACAUGGCAGGCCAACAACUCCACCCCCUCCGCUCUCUGUUGAGAAAUCUACUGAGGUUCUCAUCGGUGGGGUUAAUCCAGAACCCGCUCAGUCACUGAACUGCAACAGCUGCGUUUAAACUGCUGUUAGAUACCUGAGUUGUGUCUGUGCCGUUUCAGCUGAAAAAAACUUCCCUCUGUCUUCCAUCAGCAGGAAGAGAAGACAGCCUGUGGACAAACCUCGUCAUGAACUGGGCAUUCCUCCAGAGCCUCCUCAGUGGGGUGAACAAGUACUCCACAGCUUUCGGCCGAGUGUGGCUCUCUAUUGUUUUCCUCUUCAGGGUCAUGGUGUUUGUGGUGGCGGCAGAGAAGGUAUGGGGUGACGAACAGAAAGACUUCAAAUGCAACACGGCUCAACCCGGGUGCCAUAAUGUCUGCUAUGACCACUUCUUCCCCGUCUCCCAUGUCCGGCUGUGGGCCCUGCAGCUCAUCUUUGUCACUUGCCCCUCUCUUCUGGUGGUGAUGCAUGUAGCCUACAGGGACGACAGGGAAAGGAAACAUCGGCUUAAGUUUGGCGAGAAUUGUAACCGUCUCUACGUGAACACCGCCAAGAAGCGCGGAGGCCUGUGGUGGACCUACGUCCUCACUUUGGUCUUUAAAAUACUUGUGGACGCCACCUUUGUCUACCUCGUGUACCACAUCUACGAAGGCUACAACUUCCCUUCUCUCAUCAAGUGUGAACAGGUGCCGUGUCCCAACAAGGUGGACUGCUUCAUCGCUCGGCCCACUGAGAAACGCAUCUUCACCAUCUUCAUGGUGGUCACCAGCCUGGCCUGCAUUCUCCUCUCCAUUUUUGAAAUUGUCUACCUGGUUGGUAAAAAAUGCAAGGAAUGUAUCAUCUCGUCACAUAACUCUCACCACACCAUGACCAACACGAUGUCCAGUGGAAGCAACCUGAUGGAGUCAGACACUCUAAAGGUGCCUGGCAAAACCACCCUUGAAACGCCGGCUCCUUCAUACAGCCUCGUUACAUCUUGAGAUGCUGGGAAUAAAGACAAAGAAUUAAUGAAAAACUAUGUCUUUGGAAAGGAAAUAUGCUUUUCCUCUCUCUACAAGCACUUCCUUACAAGCAGAAAUGUAUUUGUUCAGAGAUAGAACUACAAUGGAGGUAGUUCUUUACUGUUUUUGUGUCUACCCUCAGAAAACGUGAAAUUCUAGAUUACCAGACAUUUGUCAUUAAUCUGGAAUGUGGUCACUGUUGUGGGUUUGGGUCAGAGUGUUCACAGAGAUAUUUUUCAGAUGGGAUUCUACAGCCCUUGCAAAGAAAAUCAAGUCUGUGUAAUUUAGAUUUAGCCUUGAGACCGAUUACAUGAGUCACUCCAUGGUUUGGACAUAUUUUUACAAACACGUGGUUUUCUGUGUAAAGUUUUCCUUCUACUCAGUGCCAAACCCACGAAAUGUUUAGUUCAAGCUGUACUGCGUCUUUUACCUUCCAUUCAUAUGACUCUUUGUGAAUACUGUUUUUUAUGUAAUUUUAAAAAAUGUUUGAAAGAUUGUGCUGUUGUGCGAGUUAAUGUUCUGACCUGUUUAAACUGCUUCCUGUACAAAGGCUGUAGAUAGCAAUGAAGUCAAAAUGCAAUAUGUUGUAAACACAGCUGGCAAUAAUAUCAGGAUGUGCAUAUUUCAGUUUUAAGUGUUAAUAUUUUUCAUUAAAGAAAUUGUUUAGAAAAUGUUU